UGUAAAAUAUAAAGCAAAAAUUAACUUUCAAUUUUUGCUUUAAAAAUCAUAAUUGGUCAAUGAUAUAUUUAAAAUAGAAUUGUUAAUAUAAAAAAUUUAAUUAUUCCAUGGCAUCUUAAAAAUAUAAAAUCAAUUUUAAUUUUUACAAAACAUGGAAUAACUUCCAACAUGUAAGUCUAUGAAUAUCUGGAAACCCCACAAUUCGUAGUUUGACAAUAUAGAAUUAUAGAGAAAAGUUUCGGGAAAUUUUUAAGUUUUGUUUACCAGUUGCUAUAACAAAAUUUUCAGUAUUUUUAAAUUAAAAAUUAUUAACCAAAAUAAAAAAUAUGAAAAUAGCCAGUAAUACUUGUCGCCUUUGCGUGCAAAUUUUUGAAGAUUCUAGUUUAGAGUCUGUAUUUGAAAAGGACGACGAAGUUGAAAUUGCAAAAAAAGUAUUUGAUAUUUCUGGAGUUUUUAUUGAGAAAAACGAAAAAUCUUUACCAGAGAAAAUUUGUAAACAUUGUAAAUCAACAUUACAAUUGUCAUAUGAAUUUAGAAUAAUUUGCCAACAGUCUGAUAAUAAACUAAGGGCUUUAUUAUCAGCUCCUGAGGAAAUUGAAAACAAAUUAAUUAAAUAUGAAGUAAGUUCAGAUAAUGAAUCAAAUUUUUUAGAUGUAAGUUGUCACAUUGAAGAUUGGCAAGAGGAUUUGUCCAAUUUUGACUCAAAAAACAAUAUUCAAAUAGAAAAAAGAGAGCAGUUAGAUACCAUCAAAGAUGAAGAAAAUGAAGCAACAAUAUCUGAGACUGCAACUUCGAAAAUUUCUUUGAAAAAAGGUAACACUAAGAAAGAAAUUGAUGAUGACUCUUUCAAAAAAGGGAAUCGAAGAUUUUGUACUUUUAAAAGAAAAUGGAUUGAAAAAUAUGAUUGGAUAAGAGCAGCCAAAGAUGACAAAAACGCCUUUUGUACAGUAUGUAAUUGUGAAUUUUCAAUCGCUUAUGGUGGUGAAUCCGUAGUAUCUCGACAUAUGACUAGAAACAAACAUUUAUUUAAUGCUAACCCAGAAUUGAAAAAAGACAAGGUAUUUCGUGGGAAUGGAGUUAAAUGCUCCCAAAAAAGUGAAGAGUUGACUUUCAUUAUGUGUGAGGUUUGUGGUAACAAAUAUCCUACAAAAAGACAUUUGAAAAGGCAUUUAAAAUAUCACUCAGAUGUAAUGGACUAUGAAUGCGAAAUAUGCAAAAAACAGUUUAGGGAGAUGAUGCAAUUGAAAAGACACAUGAGAACUCAUACUGGUGAAAGACCGUAUCCCUGUCACUAUUGUGAUAAAAGGUUUGGAGAUUACAGCACGAGAAUCAAACACGAAAGAGUUCAUACUAAUGAGCGUCCCUACGUAUGUACAACUUGCGGAAAAGCCUUUACCUAUGCUAAUAUAUUAAAAAAUCAUAUUCUAGUUCAUACUGGAGAAAAACCCUUUAGAUGUGAAGUUUGUGACGCAAGUUUUGCAAGAAAGACUCAUUUAAAAGCCCAUUUUACAUCAAAUUUGCACAAAAGUCGAGUUCAGGAAUCUCUCCAAAACACAUUGCCAAGUUGAAACAAAAACACAGUAACCUAUUGAAAAAAUUUAAAUCAUAAGUGUAAUAGUAAAAUUUGUAUGGAAAUAUGUAUUUCUUGAAUUAAUUUUGAAUAAAUUACUAUUAAGGUCAAAUACAUAAUAUGCAGGAUCUCUUUUCUCGGCCCACCUAAAAUUUCAAUAUAUUUCACUAUAUUUUGGCAUUUAUUUGAAUAUUGCAAACUAAGCUUAAUUUUUAUAGACCUUUGUAUUGUGACUGUAAAAUUUUAAAGAGCUCAUAUGAAUUAAUAAUUUUCUUUUUGAAACAAAAAUUCUGUAAUAAGGUAUAAAAUUUAUUUUCAAAGUACAGUUUUAAAUACUUGAGAAAAAUAAAAUUAACACUGUAGUUUGAAGUAUUGUAAAAAUAAAUAAUCAUAGUGAUUCAGUUUAAAUUUAAA